GCAUUGUCUACAGUGCAAAAGGUUCCUUGGUGUUUCUCUAUAUAGGUAAAAGGAAAGUGUAUAGAUAAAAAUUCCGUGAUCGUGGAAUCUCCAAUUGUUGACCCGUCGUCGUUCAUCGUUUUGUGAUAGUUUUGGAUAAUAAAUAAUUUCAGUGAAAUUUGUUGAAUCUUAAACGUUUGUUAAAGUUUUAUGCAGCUAAUUUUUCAAUCAACGCUCGUUGACAGAUCAAGCGCGGGCGCACGAUGAGCUUCCUAUUUGGAAGCCGUUCUUCAAAGACCUUUAAGCCGAAGAAAAAUAUUCCCGAGGGAACACAUCAGUAUGAUUUAAUGAAACAUGCGGCCGCAACGCUUGGAUCGGGAAAUUUGCGACUUGCAGUUAUGCUUCCUGAAGGAGAAGAUUUAAAUGAAUGGGUCGCCGUUAAUACUGUCGAUUUUUUCAAUCAAAUCAAUAUGUUGUAUGGCACAAUCACAGAAUUUUGCACAGAAGAAAGUUGCUCGAUUAUGUCGGCGGGACCAAAAUAUGAAUACCAUUGGGCCGAUGGUCACACAGUGAAGAAACCAAUAAAAUGUUCAGCACCCAAAUAUAUUGAUUAUUUAAUGACAUGGGUGCAAGAUCAAUUAGAUGACGAGACACUUUUCCCUUCGAAAAUUGGCGUACCUUUUCCGAAAAAUUUCCUCUCAAUCGCUAAAACAAUAUUGAAGAGAUUGUUCCGAGUUUAUGCGCACAUUUAUCAUCAACAUUUUAGUGAAGUUGUUCAACUCGGCGAAGAAGCGCAUUUAAAUACGUCUUUCAAACAUUUCAUAUUUUUCGUUCAGGAAUUCAAUUUGAUUGAACGAAGAGAAUUGGCACCUCUCCAAGAAUUGAUAGAAAAACUUACUGCAAAGGAAGGUCGAUGAACGCAACCUUUGCUCCGCCGAAAUACUGUGAAACUUCUCCAAAGAAUCUCAACUGUGCUGUUUCCGUUAAUGAUCACCGUAAUAAUUACGCAUAUAUUAUUUAAUUAAUCAAUUUCAAUUUUCAACAAACAAAAAAAAAGCAAAUUUACAUAUUUUUUUUUUGUUUCACAAAGAACAAAGCAUUUUUUUAUCCAGAUUUUUUUUGUGUUUUAUAAAACAUUUUAUCGAAUUGGUAAUGGUUUUAAAAGUUUUUUUUAAAUCCUAGCAGCGUAGUUACUGAGAUUAUUAUCUGAAUUUAUAAAAUUUUCAGUCGCUGGAAAAAUAAGAACUAUAAAAUUUUAUAUUUUCAAUAACCUCGAGCCUUAAAGUUAUGAAAAAUGCUAUGAACCUCUGCCGUUUGUACUUGAUUAUAUAAUGUAACGAUUUACACUCUAUAUUUUAAUAAUACAGCUAAAUAGAGUCGGCUUUUUUUAUAAGCAUUCGAUUUUUGAUGAAUAGUAAUUUCUUUGUUAUAUAGAAUUUGUUGCAUUAUCGGCACGUCGUAGCUACAAAUUGAAAUAAGAUAUCGAGACGCACACACGAUUAUUCUUCAAAAGAAACACUUAUUCAAUAUUUUAUUGAAUAGAGCUUCUGAAUCCUAGUAGUAAAGAAAAUUCUUUUCUUAUUAUUUUGAGGAAUGUUCGCAUGUGAUCCGAGGGAAAAAAAUCGUGAGAUAUCGAUAGUUUUAUGAACUGAAAAAUGAAGAAAAAGAAGUUCAUUUUUAGAAAUUUACUAUCGCACCGCGCUUGGUAUGUAAAGGGUAUUAGGUUAGAAAUCUAUUAACGAUAUUUAAUAAUUGUAUUGUUAUUAUGUAGCGUCGACGUAUCGAAAGCCCCUAGGAUAACGAUUAUACACUUUUUUUCCCUCCUAGACGUUUAAAGCGCGUUGAUAAAAUUUGAUGUCGACGUAUUCGAAAAAAAUUUUUCUUCAAAUAGUUGGUCUUCGAACAGCAUUCAAUUGUAUAUUAAGGGCACUUUCACCUGCCCUCCAUAUACCUUAAAUGCUUAUAAUUAUUAAGCAAAGAAGUAAAAAAAAUUUACAAUUAUUGUCAUCGCAUAAAUAAGUUUUGCUUACUUUUUUUUCCAUCGUGGAAAAUAAGAGUCGUUGAAAACGAAUUACACGUAUAUAUUUUCCGAAUUCAUCCGAAUUGGCUAAAUGGCCAAGGGAAAAAUAUUGAUAUUUUAUAUACAGUAUGUACUGAUAAAAUAGAUAUCGAAGAGAGUGAGCUAAUUUACAAGAAAAUAUAUUUAAGCUUUAUUUUUGUUUUUAAACAAUUUUUUUUAAUUAUUUAAAAUUUUUUUUCUGUUUUUCACUCUUUUGUUUCAAUCACGAUUUUAAAUCAGUGAACAAUGUAUAAUGGGUCCAUUUGUGUGUUAAUAAUGUAGCUGUGAAAAAAAUGUAAUUUUAACAUUAUUAAGGCGACGUUUAUAAUGCGACACAAUUUUUUUUUUACAUCCGAACUUGACGUUUGAAUUUUUAAAAAUUUACUGUUUUCGUUUUUGAAAACAAUAAUUAGGAUUUUUUUUUAUUUACUCUUUUAUUUUUG